CAGUGCGACGAAGACGGAGAAGGAACGCGUGUUACUCGAUUCCGAUUCCCUCCCCGAUGACGUCCGCUGCUCCGCUGCGCAGGCGCACUGUCAGCCGAGGUUCAAAAUAGCAGAAAGCCAUGAAGAGUCUAAAAACGGCGGGAGUUGUGUUUCGGUCUUUGGCAAAGUAACUUCGAAAAUUAUUUGAACUUAUAAAACGAGGAGGGGCGCAGGCGCGAGUGUUCGGAACAAGAUAAUAGUUUAGUUUUUGUGAUAUUUUUUGGAUUGAGAAGUGAAAACCGUGUGGCGAAAGCAUUUAAUUUUUUGAGAUGGCACAGCUUAUUAGUGUGAAGCUUUCGCGAUACGACAACUCGCCGUGGGGAUUUCGCCUGCAAGGAGGAAAGGAUUUUGGCACCCCUCUAAUCAUCCAGAAGGUUAACGGCGGCUCCCCCGCGGAGAAGGCCGGUCUGCAGGCGGGCGAUGCAGUGCUGAGGAUCAACAACGUGGACGCGACCGCCCUGCGGCACAAGGACGCCCAGGACGUGAUCGUGCGGGCGGGCAACAGCUACGAGCUCGCCGUCCAGAGAGGCGGUGUCGGCAUGAGCACGUGGAAGCCCCACGUGGCCCCCGUGGGUCCCAGCCCCGUCAAGCCCGGCAGCCAGGGCAACGUCACCAAGACCUCCCUGACGUACAAGGGGCCCGCCGCACAGCCCAUCGGCACCGGCCACAACACGUCCGCCAAGCCUUUCGGCACCAUCCCACACAUGAACGGUGGUCCCGAUCAGCAGAUCGUCAAUAAACAGUUCAACAGCCCCAUCGGCAUCUACAGCGAACAGGCCAUCGCCGAGACCCUGUCUGCCCAGGCGGAGGUCUUGUCCGGAGGCGCCAUUGGAGUCAACUUCAAAAAGAACGAGAAGGAGUACAAUGCCGCCAACAGCGAGGUGCUGAAGAUGGUGCAGGAGGCCGACAAGGAGCCCCGCCUCCCGGAGCCUGAUUCACAGGGUAGCGGCGUUGUCGGAAGCCCCGGCGUCGGCGGCCCGGCCCCCGUUGCCGGCGGCGUGCCCACGCCCUUCGGCGUCCACGGCCUCCGCCACGUUCAGGCUCCCGAGAGCAAGGCGCCCAGCGCGCCCCAGGACCCCUUCAAGGUGCUGCCGCCCGGACAGAACAUCUGCGCCGACUGUGAGCGUCUCAUCGUGGGCGUCUUUGUCCGCAUCAAGGACAAGAACCUCCACGUUGAGUGCUUCAAGUGCGCCACCUGCGGCACCCCGCUCAAGAACGUGGGCUACUACAACCUCAACAACAAGCUGUACUGCGACAUCCACGCCAAGCUGGUGGCGCGUCAGAACCCGCCCGCGCCCAACCUGGAGCCCGUCACCGUGCCCCCAGGCGCGCGCCCCCCAGCGGGAACCAUCUCGAACGCCCUGGCUGGCCUCGGAGUGACGACCGGGCCUCCGUCUGCCGCGCCCCUCAGCCCGUCCGGAGGCCUGUCCCCGCAGCCCGGCGUCGGCGCCCCCCUGCCCUUCCACAAGGGUCUACCUGCGACCGACGAAGCUCCCGCGUCCGAUGCCCCCGACUCCACCCACGGUCCGGUUUUAGUUCCCCAGCCCCCCGUGGAAGCUGCCCCCAGUGUACCUCCCGCCGUGUCCACCCCGUUUAGACCGUCUAUCGUCGCCUUUACCCCCGCACCCUUCAAACCUUCCAUCGUUUCGUCCACUCCCGCCUUCAAACCUUCUGUUGCUGCUUCCACUCCUGAUCCCUUCAAACCAUUUGUUGUUGCUUCCACCCCCGCCUCCGUCGAACCCUCUGUUGUUGCCUCCACCCCUGCUUCCUUCAAACCUUCUGUUGUUGCCUCCACCCCUGCUCCCUUCAAACCUUCCGUUGUUGCUUCCAUCCCCGCUUCCUUCAAACCCUCAAUCGUUUCUACCACCCCCGCCCUGUUCAAGCCAUCCGUCGUUGUUCCCGCCAGCGCCCCCACCCCCUUCACCCCCUCCCCCUUCAGGACACCCGUCGCGCCCCGCUCCCCUCCCCCCUCCCCAACCGCGCCCGGCUCGCCCCCAGCCCUGGACACCCUGGACGUCACAGCCUGCAGCGACCAGGCCACGUCCAGCGACUCGGCCCUGGCCCAGGCCCUGGAGGUGCUGGAGCAGGAGCUGGCGAACCAGAUGCGGGAGGUGGCGCUAAAGUCCCCCAUCGUGGAGGCCUCCGUCGUGGACCUCGGGCCGCCGCACGACGUGCUGCACGGCCCCGUGCCCGUGCUCGUGCAGAAGGCUCCUCGCGUCGGAACGUCGCAUGUGAGCGCUCCCAAGCCCCAGACGCCCUCGGCGGUGUCCGGCCCCAGGCCGUUCGGCAGCCCCAUCGGCGCGCCCUCCGCCCCGGCGCAAGCCCCGUCCAACGCCUUUGGCAGACCAGCUACUGGUUUCUCCCCGUCCGCAGGUUACACCCCCUCGCCCGUGUUCGCCCCCUCCUCAGGGUUCGCGCCCUCCUCAGGGUUCGCCCCUUCCUCAGGGUUCGCUCCCUCCGCGGGUUUCUCCACCAAUCUGAAACCGCUCACCAAGCUGCGAGGUGGACCUGGGGGCGCCAAGGGAGGCGCGUUCGCCGGAGCGUCCGCGCCGAUCAGGGGCCGCGGCAUCCUCAACCCCGCGGCCAUCGGCGGCACCAGGAUCCCGCUGUGCGGAGCCUGUAACCAGCAGAUCAGGGGUCCAUUCAUCACCGCCCUGGGCAAGAUCUGGUGCCCCCACCACUUCGUGUGCACCAACGCCAAGUGCGCGCGCCCUCUGCAGGACAUCGGCUUCGUCGAAGAGAAGGGCUGCCUCUACUGCGAAUACUGCUUCGAACAGUUCAUUGCACCGCCGUGCGACAAGUGUGGCCACAAGAUUAAGGGGGAUUGCCUGAACGCGAUCGGCAAGCACUUCCACCCAGAAUGCUUCAACUGCGUCUACUGCGGGAAACUGUUCGGAAACAGCCCCUUCUUCCUCGAGGAUGGCCAGCCUUACUGCGAGAACGAUUGGAACGAACUGUUCACCACAAAGUGCUUCGCUUGUGGGUUCCCCAUCGAGGCUGGAGACCGCUGGGUUGAAGCUCUCUCCAACAACUACCACAGCCAAUGCUUCAAUUGCAGCAUGUGCAAGAAGAACCUGGAGGGACAGAGCUUCUUCGCCAAGGGAGGACGACCCUUUUGCAAAAACCACGCUCGUUAGAUGGCGCGCCCUCCGAGCGGCCCAUUUGACCCGCUCCGCCCGACCGCCACCUGGGAGGGAGUCGCCAUCAUCCCGCAGCUGCUACAAACGGUGCACGCCGCUGCGGCGCGGCGAGGCGGCGAAGCCCACCGCCAGCUGAAACGCACCGAGCCCUUAUCACCCCGUGCCCGUGUGUGUGUGUUUGUGAGUGAGUGUGUAUGUGUGCAUUGAUGUGUGUGAGCGCGCAGGUGUGAGAAGAUUGUGCGUAUGUGUGAAUGUGUGUGCGCGCGCAGCCGCUGCCGAACACUGCCGAGUAGUACAUCCUGGCCGUGGCGGUGGCCCUGGGGCGUGGACGCGUGUGUGUCUUUUCUUCGAGCAGUGUGACCGAAUAUGAUGGAAUCAGACGCAGUUUCCUACCCAACGAGACUUUGCGCGUCACUGCGAUGAACUGACCCGGGCUCGCCACGCCACGCCCCCUCCACCACCGCGGCCAAGAGCGGUGUCGGCGUGGCUAGGGUCUCAUCCUGGCCGCAGCCGACCCGCAGUCAAUCAAAAUUAUGGACCUCGCACAAUGCAUGAAGAAAGAGAGAGUGCUUGAGUAUGUCGCCGAAUGAAGAGACUCUGGAGUGUUUCUCUGUCAAAUAGCUGUGUAUUUUGCUGGGGAGAUUGUCAUCCCUAGGGAGAGCUUGUUUUCUUUUAAGAUGUUCCUUGCAAGACUAAUUCAGCUUUCUCCUCUAAAGUAUGGAAUAGUACACACCAUUCAAACUUUGCUUGCUUUAGGUUUCUCUUCACCUUCUCUUCAAGUUUCAAGUUUUCACAAUACUUUUUUCUUCUUUGAUACUUCUAUUUAGUAACGCAUCUGCUUGAUUUAAAGAAACAGAAAAAAAAAGACAAAAGUAUUUAAACAGUUUUGUGAAAAUAACCCCAUAAUAUAUUUUGCAUCUUUAAAGACCGAUAGCAGGUCACUUUAUUUGUAAUGUUUAUGUUAAUUACCUGUGCCAAAGACUCAACUAAGUCAUCUUUCAUUAACAGGUACGAAAAGACUCAAAGUUGAUCCCACAUUGUUUUUGAAUACUUCCCUGCAACGAUCGUUGUUUUGUCUUAUGUAAUAUACACUGUACAUUGAUAUUUUUUGAUUGUUACUGUUAUCCAUAAUAGACCAUUAAAAUCGAUCGUCUGGGAGUAAUAAUGUAACACCUACAAAGGAGGGAGUUUCAAAUAAAAAAUUAUUUGUCUAAAGA